AUGGUUGGGCGGAUGUUGCGGACGACGAGCGGACAAGACGAACAUUCUCAAUGCUCAUUCUGGGACAAGACGACAAAGAAACUUGAGCGUUGGGACGGGGACUCAUACUCGUCACCUGCAGUAGCUGUCGCUGCGACAGACGCAGUCACACCGGCGUCAAUGACUCCUCUGCUCUCCAGCGUCGAUCGCAUCAACGCUGCUCUGGAAGCUGCAGUGGCACAUCCUCCACCGUCGACCGGUACAGUGCGUGUGUGCCACGCAACGGAAGACGAGUGGAACGCGUUUGCAGACAGCGAGGAUCCAAUCGUUCGACUCAAGUAUCUUGAAUGGUUUCCUGACACGGAAGAGAUUCACAUCAUCGAGUCAGAGCGGCAUGUCAAGCGAUGGCUCAAAGGCCACUUGGCCGCCAGUUAUGGACCACGCCAAGCAACACCCGGCUCGGUGCUUUCUCGAAACGUUCCAAUUUUUGCGGACUUUCGGACGAUUAAGGUUGAGAUUGGAGUUUCUCAGCAGUGGGGUAUGGCGCCUGGAGAGCUCGACCACAAGGCGAUUGCGAUAUGGGCCGCGAUGCCAGGAGUCGAAUAUGUGCUAUGUGUGUCGUUCGAUCCCAACUUUGCGAAUGCCGAAUACAAGUUGUAUGAUGCUCGCGUCCAUCCACUCGUGCAGCUGGCUCCACUUCCAAUCGUCGCUCCAAGAACGGUGAUCCAGCUGGACGGACGUCGAAUCCUUGGUAUUCCGCCACGGAUGGCGCUCCCGAAAACAUACCACGAGAAGGGCUGUAAAACGGUGAGCUACUAA